AGGCAGAUGGAGCGACGGAUCUGUCCAAUGCGGGUGCUGUGGGUGUUUCUCUGGCAGUGUCUUAGCUGGUUGUUGUGAGGAGUGAGAACGAAGCAAUCAGCAAGUAUACUGCCGCAGAAAUUCUUCGCAAUAAGAGGCCCUGGGAUCACAGCUGUUACAGGGAGAGAAAAAAAAAACGAGAGCGGAGGAAAAAACGCAAAUCAGCAUUGUGGCAAACGAGGAUCCUGCUGCUACUGGCAGGCAGAAUGCAGUGGAGCGGGUAAAAACAGAGUGCGCUGUUAUUAUUUCUGAAAGUGACAACAAGCCCAAUCGCAGCCAUGGCAGAGAAUGAGGAAUGGGGAAAGCCCGUGGAGAGGAGAGGGAGAUUAACUGCAGUCCUGGCACUGGCAACACUCAUAUCUGCAUUUGGUUCAUCCUUCCAGUAUGGAUAUAAUGUUGCUGCGGUCAACUCUCCGUCACUGUUCAUGCAGCAGUUCUAUAACACCACCUACAUGGAGCGUAAUGGUAGGCCGAUGGAGGAAAACGUCCUGACUCUGCUCUGGUCACUGUCUGUGUCCAUGUACCCGCUAGGAGGCUUCUUUGGGUCUCUCAUGGUGGCUCCUCUGGUCAACAAACUAGGGAGGAAGGGCACCCUCCUCUUCAACAACAUCUUCUCCAUUGUCCCUGCUGUGAUGAUGGGAGUCAGUGAGAUUGCCAAGUCCUACGAGAUCAUCAUUGUGGCUAGGUUUAUAGUGGGCAUCUGUGCAGGUCUGUCAUCCAACGUGGUGCCCAUGUAUCUGGGCGAACUCUCUCCCAAAAACCUGAGGGGAGCCAUUGGCAUCGUACCACAGCUCUUCAUCACCGUUGGCAUCCUCAGUGCACAAGUGCUGGGCAUCAGAAACAUACUGGGCAACAGCACAGGUUGGCCUAUAAUGCUGGGUUUGACUGGCGUUCCUGCCCUGAUAGAGCUCCUGCUGCUGCCCUUCUUCCCAGAGAGCCCCAGGUACCUGCUCAUCCAGAGGGGUGAUGAGAAGACAGCAAGGAAAGCACUAAAGCGUCUGCGUGGCUGGGACGACGUGGAUGAAGAGGUGAUGGAGAUGCAUCUGGAGGACCAGUCGGAGAAGGCAGAGGGCCGCAUGUCUGUGCUGUCCCUGCUGUCACAGCGCUCUCUUCGCUGGCAGCUGGUGUCCAUCAUCAUCAUGAACAUGGGCCAGCAGCUGUCAGGGGUCAAUGCGAUUUACUACUAUGCAGACAGCAUAUAUGCCAGUGCAGGAGUCAACGAGAAUCACAUCCAAUAUGUCACUGUGGGAACAGGAGCAGUGAAUGUCUUCAUGACCGUAUCUGCUGUCUUCAUUGUGGAGGCCUCAGGACGACGGCUGCUCCUCCUCUGUGGUUUUGCGAUCUGCUGUGGGGCCUGCGUGCUGCUCACUGUCGCUCUCAGCCUUCAGGAGAGCAUAACGUGGAUGCCGUAUCUCAGCAUCGCCUGUGUCAUCAUCUACGUCACGGGACAUGCCAUAGGACCCAGUCCCAUUCCCAAUGUGAUGACCACUGAGAUGUUCAGGCAGUCUGCCAGGCCGGCUGCCUUCAUGGUCGGAGGAUCUGUCCACUGGCUGUCCAAUUUCACUGUGGGCCUCAUCUUCCCCUUCCUAGAGAGAGGCCUGGGCCCUUACAGCUUUAUCAUUUUUUCCGUCAUCUGCUUGGUUACUCUAAUCUACAUCUGGCUGGUGGUCCCAGAAACCAAGAAGAAGACCUUCCUGGAAGUCUGCCAGAUGUUCGCCAAGAGGAACAAAGUAGAGAUUAAACUGGGUGACGGGGAUCUGCCACUGAAAGAGAGCAAAGAAAGCCCGGAGGAUGCGGUGAGGGUCACAACCUUUUGAAGAAAAAUGAGAGCAUUCAGAGAAGAGGAAGUCUUUGCUCCGGGGGGGAUGGUAAUACACUGGAAAUGUUUUAAUUUUAGCCUGUUUUUUUUUCUUACAAAGAAUCUUUACACAGUCUCUUUUUGUAUUGUUUGUCUGUGCCUGCUGUGAAAAGAAAACAGAUCUUUGUAUGUUCCAGUGCAGGAUGUUAAUUAAUGCUUGCACUAUACGCAGCCUUAUAGACCUGUGAAUGGGUGUUUGAGUGAUUAA